CGUGAGCCCCAGAUCGGGCGGCAGCCGCAGCCUCUCCUGCACCAGUCUGCGCUAAGAGGUCACGUUGCGGCACCCGGGUCUCCACAGAGACUGACUGGUGAAUCAAAGGUUAAGUGGAUCCAGCUGGCCUCCUACCUGUCUCCAUCUGGCUGGUAAAAGGAAGCAGCAGGCCCCUCUUCUUUGGUAUGUGGCUCAGUGACUUGGUGUUGACUAACGACCGCAUCUUCACUCUGCAUUCUGCUAUCCAAAUGUACUACUGAGAUUCCCAGGUUUGGGAGAUUCUCUAGAGGGAUCUCCAGUUACUGCGUGGGACCGAAGACUCAAGACUUGUCUCUUGUACCAGUGAGGAUGUGACCACAGAUCUGCAGAUGCUGGCAAGCUGGAUGAGCUCCUUAAUGCGGUGACAGUGUGGGAACCCAAAGAGAUCUCAACAAGUGGGGCGGGGCACACCGAAGAGGAAUUGAUGGCAGGGUCUAAACUGCCUUAAAAAUCAGCAUCACAGUCUGAGGAAGAGAGGUGCAGCUUGAAGGUGUUCACUAAGUAGAACAGACAAUAGACAGUGCUGUAGAAGGGGGAGAGCCAUCCUGUAGGCUGUGGUGACCAGGAAAGAAGGUUACUUCUGAGUUGGGCCUUGAAGGAAGCAGGCACAGAGGAGGACACCCAAAUGGAGAAGAUAUGGGACUGCAGUUAAGAUGAUACUGAAGACAACCUAGGACAAUGCCACUGGUCAAGAGGAACAUUGAGCCCAGGCACUUGUGCCGAGGUGCCCUGCCCGAUGGGGUCACCAGCGAGCUGGAAUGUGUCACCAACAGCACCCUAGCUGCCAUCAUCAAGCAGCUGGGCAGCCUUAGCAGACAUGCAGAGGACAUCUUUGGGGAGCUCUUCAAUGAAGCCAACAGUUUCUACAUGCGAAUGAACUCGCUGCAGGAGAGGGUGGACCUCUUGGUGAUUAAGGUCACACAGUUGGACUCCACUGUGGAAGAAGUGUCCCUGCAGGAUAUCAACAUGAGGAAGGCUUUCCGGAGCUCCACAAUCCAGAAUCAGCAGGUGGUAUCACGUAACUCCAUCCCCAACCCUGUGAUGGAGAUGUACCAGCGGUGUGACAAGCCCCCGCCACUCAACAUCCUCACGGCCUACAGAGAUGACAAGAAAGAUGGCCUUAAAUUCUAUACUGACCCAUCAUAUUUCUUCAACUUGUGGAAAGAGAAAAUGCUUCAGGCCACUGAGGAUAAGAGGAAGGAGAAACGAAGGCAGAAGGAACAGCGACUGGUGGAGGACUCCACCAGGGAGGUGAAGAAAGUGCGAAAGGCACGGAAUCGGCGGAUGGAGUGGAGCAUGAUGGCAUAUGACAAAGAGUUCCGGCCCGAUAACAGGUUCUCGCCAUCUCCAUAUCACAUGGCCUCCUCAGAAGGCUCGCUCUCUCCAGAUAAUAGGUCUUACGCAUCUGACAUCGGUGAUCACUCCUACCCAGCCAGCCCCAACCAUCCAGCCCAGCAGGUGUUGGCACCCACUCCUCAUCUGCCCAUGGAACACAAGGAAAUCAUCCUGGCCCCCAGCCAGCUCCCGGAGCUGACCUACCGGCCCACAGCGCCAGGCAGUCGGCAGAACAGCCUUGGCAGAGUUCAACAGCCUCAUGUGCUGCAGCCUCCAGACCCAAUACUGAAUGGACCCAGGCCUCAGCUGAUCAAGGACUAUGGGUCCCAGCCAGUGCCCAUGGCCGAUUUCUUUGUACCGCCUGCCCCACCACCCCCACCUCCAGUGAUCCCCUCGGCCCAGACGGCUUUCGACAGCCCCGUCUCUGCCCCACCUACUCUUGCACCUGCUGCCACUGCCACCCUGGCCCAUCCUGCCUAUACACCCUCCCCACCCCCAGCCCCACCCUGCCCAUACUCUGUAUCUCCCCCGCAGACUGGACCCAUGGGCCCUCCUGCAGCUCCUCCUCCACCCCCUCCUGGCCCCCCAAUGGCCACGGCCUCCCCAGCCCACUCAGCCUCCCCGGGUGCUGUACUAUCUGAACCACGGAAACCUCAGAUCCCGUUGAUACCAAUGAGUGAUGCCAGAAGUGAUCUUCUUGCUGCCAUUCGGAGGGGCAUCCAGCUGCGGAAGGUACAGGAGCAGUGGGAACAGGAGGCCAAGAAGGAGCCUGUGGGCAAUGAUGUGGCCACCAUUCUCUCCCGGCGCAUUGCAGUGGAGUACAGCGAGUCAGAUGAUGACUCCGAGCUGGAUGAGAAUGAGUGGUCAGACUAAGGGGACGUCGGGCCACGCCGGGCUGGGUCGGGCCACUGAGUGUUCUAGUGCAGCGC